AUGCCCACCUUCCGCCAUGGCCCAAUCCGUCUUUCCCGGUCCGACAUUGACACUUUCGGAGCUAAAAGGCUGGGAAGCUACAAAACGCUAGACUCGGCCGCUCUUCAAAGGCCCACCCCUUCCGAUGGUACCGAUGGCUUUCCUUCUAGCCAUAUACACUUUACUCAAGGAUCGGAAACACUGGAUGUCGACGAACUUGCGUGCUGGCUCGAUGGGUUCGGGCUUGGGGGCAUUGGGGGCCUCUUGAGCUCCGAUAAAGACGAGCGCAACAAUAAUAGAAAUACCGGAAAGGCCAAAAAGAAGGGUGGAGAUGAUACCAGGCCAGGAGGUUUGGCCGGCAACAACAGGCUAGACCGGAACCGCGAUUCCGGUGGUGUAUCCAACGUAUCCAAGCCGACAGAUAUGCUUGAAUCUUCCAUCUCGCAUACGGACAGCUUUGGCUCAAUGAAGCAACCCGAAAUGGCGCAAGUUUACAAUGGCCUGCUCAUCCCGUCGGUAAACGAACCUUUACCGGGGCGCUGGGAUGCCAGACUCAAGCUCGAGGGCUAUGAUGUCGAGCACUGGGUGUUCGGGUCACAGCAUUUGGGGGAGCAUAAGCAGCAGUUCGUUUUAGAUUUGGAAAGGGGCGAUGAAAGCCUGCCAGAAAGUCCUAUGUUCGAGCUUGAUAUUACGGGCGAGGUUGUACCUAUGGGAAAGAACCUUAGCCACGACCUGAGAGAUUUUCUUCAGUGGGCGACGGAUAAUGUGGGUACUUUCACAUUUUGA